CCGGUAAAUGCUACUAAAUAAAUUGAUGACUGCCAUUGUUUUGUGAAUUUUCAUAAUAUAUGAAUAUAUAUACACAGUUCCCCACAAUGUAUGCUCCACGGUUCCAAAGAGAGCAUCCAUAAAGUGAAGUUUUUCCCUACUCAUCAAUGGCGGCCAAAUCCCCAUUCCUCCUCCUCCUCCUCUCUCUGUGUCUCAUCCUUUGCUUUUCGAGCACUGCAAAUGCUCAGCUCAGCCAGAAUUUCUAUGCCAAAAUUUGCCCUAAUGUGGAAAGCAUCGUUCGGAAUGUCGUUGCCAACAAAAUCAAGCAGACCUUUGUCACCAUUCCGGCCACCCUCCGUCUCUUCUUCCACGACUGCUUCGUUCAGGGGUGCGAUGCAUCGGUAAUGAUCGCAUCUGCAGGGGGCAACACUGCAGAGAAGGACCAUGAGGACAAUAUGUCCCUGGCUGGAGAUGGAUUCGACACUGUGAUAAAGGCGAAGGCGGAGGUCGACAAAGUGCUUCAGUGCAAAAACAAGGUGUCAUGUGCGGAUAUCUUAGCCUUGGCAACUAGAGACGUCAUUGCAAUGUCAGGAGGGCCAUCUUAUGCUGUUGAAUUAGGAAGAAGGGAUGGCUUGACAUCGACAGCGAGCAGCGUCACCGGAAAGCUUCCGCAUCCAACGGACAAUCUGAACCGGCUCAAUGCCCUCUUUGCAUCUCAUCGCCUCUCUCAAACUGACAUGAUCGCUCUUUCUGCUGCACACACAGUUGGGUUCUCCCACUGUGGCAAAUUCUCGAACCGGAUAUACAGCAACCCGAUCGACCCCACAUUGAACAAGACGUAUGCAAAGGAACUGCAAGAUAUGUGUCCUAGAAUCGUCGAUCCUCGGAUCGCUAUCAACAUGGACCCGAUCACACCACGGAAGUUCGACAACGAAUACUUCAAGAACCUCCAAAAAGGGAUGGGCCUCUUCACAUCUGAUCAAGUCCUCUUCACUGAUGCUAGAUCCAGACAAACAGUAAACACAUUUGCACAAAGCUCCACAGCUUUCUUCAAUGCCUUUGCCGCUGCCAUGACUAAGUUAGGAAGGGUGGAUGUUAAGACAGGAAAUCAAGGAAACAUUAGAAUAAGAUGUGAUGCUUUCAACUAGAUUCCUCCUCUCUCUUUUUCCUUAAAACUUCUUGGUUUGUUUUUUCAACUGCAAAAGUUGAAUAAUUUGCGACUAAGUCGCACCUAUGUCAUAUGUUGUAGUUUGGAUCCUCGAGAUAAAUAAAGACCCAUACACUAAUAAAGAAUGGCAGGUUUCUUAAACA